CUUCACAUCGCGUCGGCCAACGGUUACUAUACAGUGGUUGAGUACUUGCUUGAAUGUGGCUGCUGGGUUCAUGUUCGGGACAACGACGGCUGGCAGCCAGUUCAUGCAGCCUCUUAUUGGGCCCAGCCGGAUGUCGUUGAGCUGCUGGUACAAUUUGGGGCUGAUAUUAGCGCGAAAACCACUGCGGGCGAAACUCCCCUAGAUUUGUGCGAAGACGAUGUCACCAGGGAUGUGAUUCUGACGCUGCAAAUGGAAGCACAGAGACGGAACCUAUUGUCAUUUGCGAGAGAUAGUCGCAGAAUGUCCAAACGGUAA